AUGAAAACUGUAUUUAUGGUCGCUGAAAAGCCGCAGUUGGCACAUUCAUUGGCAAAGAUAUUGUCAAAUGGACAAUUAAAUUCGAGGAAGGGAUUCAACGGUGCUUGUUCUGUCCAUGAGUACACCGGAAAGUUUCAAGGCGAACCUGCCAGAUUCAAGAUGACCUCUGUUUGUGGUCAUGUAAUGGGACUGGACUUUGAUGGAAGUUACAAUAACUGGGAUAAAGUUGAUCCGGCAGAACUGUUUUCAGCCCCAGUUAGGCGAAUUGAAGCUCAAGAAAAAUUGCGUAUGCCAGCUUUUCUUUCUACUGAGUCCAAGGGUUGUGAUUAUCUUAUUCUCUGGUUGGACUGUGAUAAAGAAGGUGAAAAUAUCUGCUUUGAAGUCAUAGAUUUUGUUCAGCCAGUUAUGAAUAGACCAUAUGGCAGAGAACAGACUGUUUUCAGGGCUAAAUUCAGUGCUAUUACAGAUAAAGAUAUCAAAGCUGCAAUGAAUAAAUUGGUUGAACCUGAUAAAAAUCAAGCUUUGUCUGUUGACGCUCGUCAGCAAUUAGACUUGCGUAUUGGAUGUGCCUUUACUAGAUAUCAAACAAAAUUUUUUCAGGGCAAGUAUGCCGAUUUAGAUAGUACUUUGAUAUCAUAUGGACCAUGUCAGACACCUACACUGGGCUUCUGUGUGGAUAGACACGAUAAAAUACAGUCUUUCAAGCCUGAAACAUACUGGGUACUGCAGACUCAGGUAAGCUACAAUAACAAGACAUUCUCACUGGAUUGGGAACGAGUUAGAUUGUUUGAUAAAGAAGUAGCACAGAUGUUUAUCAAUAUUGUGAAGGCUGCCAACGAAGCAGAAGUUGUAAAUAUCAGCCAAAAAGAGAAAUCUAAACAACGUCCACAAGCUUUGAACACUGUAGAACUGAUGCGUGUUGCUAGUUCGGGACUCGGUAUGGGACCACAUCACGCUAUGCAGAUUGCCGAACGACUCUACAUACAGGGCUAUAUUAGUUACCCUAGAACUGAGACAUCACAGUAUCCAGAAAGCUUUGAUCUCAGAGGAACACUGAGGCAGCAAGCAUCAUCUUCAGAUUGGGGUUCAGAGGUCAGGCAGCUACUUAGUGAAGGUAUUUCAAAACCCAGAAAAGGUAAUGAUGCUGGAGACCAUCCUCCCAUUACUCCAAUGAAAGGUGCCAGUGAAAGUGAAUUAGGCGGGGGUGAUAACUGGAGGCUAUAUGAUUACAUUACAAGACACUUCAUUGCAACAAUUAGUCCUGAAUGUAAAUAUUUGCAAACAACAGUGAAAUUUACAAUUGGGACAGAGUCGUUUUCCUUGACAGGCAAAACUUUGAUUGAUGCUGGCUUUACAAAAGUUAUGCCUUGGCAGGCCAUUGGUGCUGAUGAGAAAUUACCACAGUUCAAUAAAGGAGAUAAAUGUGCUAUAAAAGAGGUUAAAUUAACAGAAAGACAGACUACACCACCAGAUUACUUGACAGAAAGUGAACUGAUAACUCUAAUGGAGAAGCAUGGUAUCGGCACAGAUGCUAGCAUUCCAGUCCAUAUUAAUAACAUAUGCCAGAGAAAUUAUGUAUCAGUUGGUUCUGGAAGACGACUGAUUCCAACCACGCUUGGUAUUGUCUUAGUACAUGGUUAUCAAAAGAUUGACCCUGAUCUAUCCCUGCCCAGUAUGAGGUCUGCUGUAGAAGAGCAGUUAAACCUGAUAGCGGUUGGGAAAGUUGACUUUAAUACUGUACUGAAACAUACUGUAGAUAUCUUUACCAGGAAAUUUCAAUAUUUUGUAACUCAGAUCAAUGGCAUGGAUGAAUUGUUUGAAGUGUCUUUCUCUCCUUUGGCUGCAAGUGGUAAACCUUUAUCUAGGUGUGGCAAAUGUAGAAGAUAUAUGAAGUAUAUCCAAGCUAAGCCCAGUAGAUUACAUUGUUCUAACUGUGAUGAAACGUACAGUCUACCAAUGAAUGGUACAAUUAAACUAUACCAAGAACUCAAGUGUCCUUUAGAUGAUUUUGAAAUGGUUUUAUUCUCUACUGGAUCUAAAGGAAAAAGUUAUCCGCUAUGUCCAUACUGUUUCAGUCAUCCAGCAUUUCAAGGGAUGCGUAAAGGCAUGGGUUGUAAUGAGUGUACACAUCCCACCUGUCAACACUCUGUGAAUUUAUUAGGCCUAGCUCAAUGUUUUGAGUGUGAAGAUGGAAUCCUGGUGCUAGAUCCUACAUCGGCACCCAAGUGGAAGGUAGCUUGUAAUAAAUGUAAUGUGAUAAUGAAACUCUUUGAGGACGCCCAUCGUGUUACCGUGUCAACAGAAGACACAUGUGAAAGUUGUGGUUCCAACAUUAUUAAUGUAGAUUUUAAUAAGGCCAAGAACCCUCUGGGCAGUGAUCAAACUCAACACUCUGGCUGCUUGUUCUGUGAUCCUAUCUUUAUACCGUUGAUUGAGACGCAACAUGCAAGAUCUGCUUCUAGAGGGCGAGGGGGAAGGGGUAGAGGAAGGGGGCGUGGCAGAGGUAGGGGGCGUGGCAGGGGUAGAGGAAGAGGGCGAGGACGGUAACACUGCUGUUCUAAUCAUACUCUUACUUUUACACUUGAAACAACGCUGUUCGAUUUCUAUUGUUCUUAGUGAUUAUUACAAAUGAUUGUAAUCUUAGUACCAAAGCAUUCACUAUUAUUGUUAUAUUUAAUACUAUUGCCUUCCAUCUGUAAAACUAUAUAUUUUCUUAUUUCUAUAUAAAACCAAACAGCGAGGAAAUUGUAUGAAUAGCGAAUAGAUAAUGCCAAGGUUGUGAAACAGGAGAAAGUAUCAGAUAACUAUGUAACUGAUUCAUAAAUUAACUAAACUGGAACACGC